UCAACGGUACACAUACUUCAGCCACCAAAAUCCGUCACGUUUCCGGUUCCUACUCGAUUUUCGUGGCCCGUAAGAAACUAUGCCCUGUCAUCAUCUUAUAAACGAACGAAUUACUUUUCGCAGUGCUCUCCAGUUUACAGAUUCAGAGUUCUACCUCGCCGAGCCUCUCAUUCGUCUCUCCAUUUCUGUUGAUCUCGUCGGCCUGAGGGAAAAUGAGUAUCGGACCUGGUCUUUACUCCAGUAUUGGCAGGAAGGCCAAAGAUCUGCUAACGAAGGACUAUGUCUCGGAUCAGAAGAUAUCUAUAUCGACCAUUAGUGACAGCGGCGUGGCCCUAACAUCAACUGCUGUAAAAAAAGGAGCUCUCUCAACUGGAGAUGUGGCAGCACAAUACCGAUAUAACAAUGCUAUAGUUGACGUCAAAGUUGAUACAGAGUCAAACAUCUCAACAACUCUGACUGUUGCGAACAUUCUGCCAUCAACCAAGGCCAUUGCGUCUCUGAAAUUUCCUGAUUAUAAUUCUGGAAAGCUGGAGUUCGAGUAUUUCCACCACCAUGCGACCCUUGCAGCAGCUGUGUCUGCACCAAAACAGUCACCCAAUGUGGAUCUUUCUGUUACAUUUGGCACUUCAACCUUUGCUGUAGGUGCUGAAGCUGGUUAUGAAACCUCUUCUGGCAAACUGACCAAGUACAACGCUGGUAUCAGUGUAACAGGACCCGAUUCUUGUGCUGCCUUAAUCUUGGGGGACAAGGGUGACUCGAUAAAAGCUUCUUAUACUCACCAUCCAUAUGCAUCUAAGAAGGCUGCUGUGGUGGGGGAGAUCUUGAGAAGGUUUUCUACUAAUGAAAACACAAUCACAGUUGGUGGGUCGUGUGCUAUUGAUGAGCUGACGAAUGUGAAGUUGAAGCUGAACAAUCAAGGGCAACUGGGCGCUGUCUUACAGCAUGAGGUUUUUCCGAAGUCGAUUUUGAGUAUCUCAAGUGAGUUGGACACCAAGGCCUUGGAGAAGACUCCCAGGUUCGGUGUUGCCCUUGCGCUCAAGCCUUGAGAUUAUUAGUAUUUUUGAAGCUACAUCCUUAUCAAUUCAUUGAACAAAUUUUUUCUCAAUUGCUGAUAACAUUGAAGAAGAGCAUAAUAAGGUCCUGCCAAUAGUUUUUCAACAGACGUGAGAUUGAGGUGCAUGUUCUUUCUCAAGUUUUGUUUGCCUUUGGUGUUUUUCCCCUUUUUAGUGAACAAUAUCUAGCAACAAUCUAUUUGUUGUGUGAUUCCUUUGGAAACAUUCGCGGCUUUGGGGCCUCUUUGCUGGAAGCAUAUGAACUCUCAUUUUCUCCAUACUGUCAUUAUAAGUUGUUAUGUUGUGCUGAUAAAGGGUAAUAAAACCUCGGGACUAUUCCUUUGUGAUUUACUUAUCACUGUGCAAACCGAAC